GGGAGACCAGAUAUAGUGACUGCAGGGUCCGGGGAGACCAGAUAUAGUGAAUGCAGGGUCCGGGGAGAGCGGAUAUAGUGAAUGCAGGGUGCGGGGAGACCAGAUAUAGUGAGUGCAGGGUCCAGGGAGACCGGAUAUAGUGAAUGCGGGGUCCGGAGAGACCGGAUAUAGUGAAUGCGGGGUGCGGGGAGACCGGAUAUAGUGAAUGCGGGGAUCCGGGGAGACCAGAUAUAGUGAAUGCGGGGUCUGGGGAGACCAGAUAUAGUGAAGGCAGGAUCCGGGGAGACCAGAUAUAGUGAAUGCAGGGUCCGGGGAGAUCAGAUAUAGUGAAUGCAGGGUCCCAGGAGACCGGAUAUAGUGAAAGCAGGAUCCGGGGAGA